AUGUCAGAGUUUACAACAUCUGUGAUAGGAGAAGCUAAAAGCACACAAAAGGAAAUUUUACAUAACACCCUAGUGGUGGUGGUAACUAAAGCACAUGGAUUAAGAAAUGUUCUAAAGAUGGAUAAGCAGUCUCCAUUCAUAACCAUGCGUAUACAGAAUCAAGAGGAAUCAACAAAGGUUGUUCCAAGAGGAGGACAAAACCCAGGUUUCAACGAUGACCUUUGGUUCAACUUGGAUGGGGUAGAAGACAAAACAUUAUAUAUCAACGCAUAUCAUCAGAAAAAAAAUGAUGCCAAGUUGAUUGCUAGUGGAGAAGUUGAUUUCACUCCUGCGUUGAAGAAAAGUAUAGAAGAAGGUUAUGAUGGAUGGUUCGACGUUUAUUGGGAGGGUAAAGAAGCAGGAAAGCUCUACUUGGAAAUAACGUAUUACCCAAAGAAAGACGAACUUCCGAACAAUACAGUGAAUUUUGCAAGGAAAAGCGCUCAAUCUAAGAAUGUGACGUUGAAAUCAGAUUCCCAUGGUGUUUUCAAAAAUUCUCCAAUAGAUAUAAAUGAUACCAAAAUAGAUAAUGGAUUGCCCGAACUAGGAGAAUCUAUGAGUAAGCUGAAAAGCAAGAAGAGAAGCCCUCAUAGAUUUGCACUGAAGAGCUCUCCGCUACGAACUUCGCCCACAAGAAGCUCAUCAGUUUUAGAUUCACCAAGAAGUGAUUCUUCACCAGCAAGACCCUCAACAGGCAAUACCUUGAUGUCAUAUUUAGACAAAACUAUGAAGUGGCCGCUAUUUAAUAAUCUUGGUUUAGGAUAUGGGGACUCAGAUAGCAGAAAACAUGACGAAUUUGAAAAAAUGGCGGAGGCCCAGACUAAACUCAAAUUAAAAAGUCCCGAAUUGAUGUCCGAAAGACCCAAAAAUUUGUUCAGUUCAUAUUACGAGACUGAAUCGGAUGACAAUAGCCUUCCAGAUGCAGAUGAAUACUAUAAACAAAGCGUCCGAUCAAGACAAGAACAAAUAUUCAAAAGCGAUAAUGAACGAAUGGUAUCUUUGAACACCUCUCGUAGUGACGAAAGUGAUGAUUCUGAGGAAGAAAUCACAUUAGGACAAAGUAUAGAGAUAAAGCCACAUCGGGUGCAAAGGCACCAAACGGAGCCGAUACUACCAUUCAAAACUUCGGCAAGAUCCAACGCCUUUACACUAGAUGAUGCGGAGAUGAGACGAAGUUACCAAUCAAAAAAGCUUCCAGACAUUAUUAAUGAUAGCGAUGAUUCGAAUGAUGAAGAUAUACCCCCUGCUCCCCCAAAACACUUAAUGUCAGUAGGCCCUUUGUUUGACGGUAGGAAGUCCAGUAGAAUGAGUAACUUUGCUAGAGAUGAACACAGACCAAUAGAAACAUCAAACGGACGCUCGAUCAUAUACAGCGAAACGUCGCCUGAAAAGAUCACAAGUUGGUAUGAAAGACGUAAAACUAAUAGACGUCAACAAAAGAGUUAA